ACUAUGAAAAAUGAAAUAAGGGACUAAUAUUAUGGGACGGAGGGAGUAAGCAAAAUGUACACCAAUCUCAAAAUAAAUAAAUAAAAAUUUAUAAGCUGCUAAGAUCAACUGUGUCAAAUAGGCCAAUAUAGGGCAAUUAUGUUUAGUGAAGGAAAAAUUGUCUUUUGCUCCCGGGAUAAUGUCGUGGUGAUUGAACUUAAUUUCGAUUGGUUAAAACUGUAGAAUUCAAUGGUGAUCGAACUUAAUUCCGAUUGGUUAUAACUGUAGAAUUCAAUAUUUUUUAUUAAAUUUUUGGAUAAGUUGAAACUGUAGAAUUCAAUAUUUUUUAUUAAGUUUUUGGAUAAGUUGAAACUGUAGAAUUCAAUAUUUUUUAUUAAGUUUUUGAAAAAUAAAUUAUCAAGUGUUAAAUGAUAAAUAAUGUGUAACAAUGCGUCAAUACCAGUCAAUACCAGCAAAUAGUCACUCAGGAAAAAGUUUCGGCAAUGUGUUGGAUGUAAUUAUGCUGCCUGCUGCUUGAGUUGCAUCUGUUUAUGAUUUUAAUGUUCAAUAAUGUUUUGUAGUUCGAAAUUCAAUGUCCCGAAUGGCUCAAAUGCCUCGAACGACGUCGUUUUGACAUUUUUUUUUUCUCUUUCCCUUCCACUUCUCGUUUCUCUCCCAAACAUUGAGUUAAACCUAAACAAACAGAGAGGAGAGGCGAUAUCGAGAGAAAUAGAGGAGGAAAGGAGGAAGAGAGGACAAAGAAGAUGGCUUCGCCGCCCAAAUGGGAAACCGUGAUCUGGCUAUAUCGGAGACAGAGAAGGAGAAUGGGUUUGAUUUUUCUUAAAAAAUCACAUCUCAGAUUAGCUAUAAAAAAAAUGUUGCUAUUUUGGUCUUGUUUUUGUUCAAAUUGCUACUGUUUUGGUGUUGUUUUGCUACUGUUUGGGUGCUGAAAUUGCUACUGUUUUGCCUUUUUUUUAUUGAUGUUUAGCUGUUAUUUUGUGCUGAAAUUACUACUUUUUUGUGUGUGCUGAAUUUGCUGCUAAUGCAAAUCUUGAAGGAGAUGAGAGUGAGGGAGAUGAACAAAGGGAGUGAGGGAGAUGAACAGAGUGAAGGAGAUGACGGAGGGAGUGAGGGAGAUGAACAAAGGGAGAGAAGGAGAUUCGGGUCUUUUGAGCCACAAACAAUUCGAGCUACCCAGCAAAACUCUUUAAUGUUUUAGGUUUUUGCAGGACCGUGUCACGACACUCAUUCUUGUUUUGAGCUUGCUUCCAGCUCUAGUGCUAACUUGCAGCGAUUUGAGUGAAUUCAAUGUUCUUGAUUACGGAGCUGUCGGCGAUGGCAUGGCAAAUGACACCCUUGCAUUUGUAGAGGCUUGGAACAGAACAUGUAAUGCAGAGAGUGAAGAUGCAAGUAUGGUUGUUCCAGAGGGAAUGACAUUUCUGGUGUAUCCCGUGGCAUUUGUUGGCCCUUGCAACCCCACCUACAUCACCUUUUUGCUCUCGGGCACAAUUAUAGCUCCCGAUAAUCCUGAGGCAUGGAAAGGGAGAAAUCUAGGGCAAUGGUUGACCUUUCAGGAUGUGAAUGGGCUCGGUGUUAGUGGCCCUGGCAAGAUCGAUGGACGCGGCCAGGGUUGGUGGGACAUCUCAUGUAAAAGACAUCCUCAAUCUCCGGGAUGUGGCAAGCUUGCACCAACUGUGCUCAGUUUCACAGAAUGCAACCAAUUUUCCAUAAGCAACAUUUUGAUUGUCAAUAGCCCUCAAACUCAUAUUCUUGUGACGGGAUGUAACAACGUCAUGAUUGAUUCUUUGAGCAUAAAAUCUCCCGAAACAAGCCCUAACACGGACGGGAUUCACAUUAGCCACUCCACUGGAGUGUUUGUCAGCAACACAGACAUUGGCAGCGGAGAUGAUUGUGUAUCCAUUGGCGAUUACACUUCACAUAUAGACAUCACUAAUGUUAAUUGUGGACCUGGCCAUGGUGUAAGCAUUGGAAGCUUAGGAAGGAGUGGAAAUGAGGUGAGAGUAGAAAAUAUUAAUGUGAACCGCGUAAACUUCAACAAAACAAGCAAUGGGGUUCGGAUCAAGACAUGGCAGGUUGGGAGAGGUCAUGUUCGCAGAGUUGUGUUUAAAAACAUAAACUUCACAGAUGUCAAAAACCCAAUUAUUAUCAAUCAAAACUACCAUGAUGUCAAAAACGCACGCAAACGAAUGAAAACCGGAGUCGAGAUUAGCCAUGUGCGGUAUAGUGGGACAUUUGGUACAUCAAAGACCGAAGUCGCAAUCAAUCUGGAUUGCAGCCAGGCUGUGCCCUGCACCAACAUAUUGCUAGACACUGUUGAAUUGGAAUCAUCAAGUCCGGGAAAGCGAGUGAUUUCGUUCUGUAACAAUGCUUAUGGAAAUGCCACCGGAGUUGUAAAACCCAAUUCAUGUCUCCUAAAACAAUUUUGACUUACCAAGAUGUCUAUUUAAAUUUUUUUUUUUAGGCUUUUGAUUAGGCUAAUCACUAUUCUUUUGAGUCAAAUUAUGCACACUUGUUUUUGCUAAAUUGGACUACUUAUAUACAGUGAUUUCAAUUUUUGGUAUGUUUUGUUUGCCAAAUUCUUUUAACUUUUACGUUCAUUUCUAGGUUAUAUGUGCUGAGAACCUCCAUUUUCCAAAAUGUUGAAGAUAGAUCCUCAACCCCCAAAAAAAUGUUGAAGAUAUGGGGGGUUAAAUAGUGGAGUGACAUUGUGGAUGUUUGAGAAGUGACUAUUUUAGAAGUUUUUUGGCUUUCUGAUUAUUUUUGUAGGCUACUUUAAUUUUUGUAUUUGGAAAGAUAAGAUAG